AUGCUUCUUUUCCGUACCGCUAGAUGCCAAGUACCAACAUUAGGCCGUUUUGCCACACACCCAAGAAUUGCCCCAUCGAUUGCGAUGAGGUUCCAGUCCAGUGGCGGAUAUGCUUCUAUUAAGCAGGUCAAGACGCUAGAAGAAGUCCAGAAGCUGAUGAAGGACUCUAACUUGUCGGUCAUCGACUUCUACGCCACCUGGUGUGGUCCAUGUAAGGCUAUGGUGCCAUUCUUGUCCAAGUUUGUGGACCAGUACAAAGACGUCAAGUUCUACAAGGUCGACGUCGAUGAAAGUCCCGAUGUUGCUGAAUACUAUGGUGUAUCGGCAAUGCCAACUUUUGUGUUCACUAAGGAUGAUGACAUCUUGCAUAAGAUAAGAGGUGCAAACCCUAAAGGGUUGGCCAAAGCCAUCGAAGAGUUUAAAUGA